UUCAUACUACUGUGACAGCUCUGUUAACAAAUUGAAAUUUCUAGCUCUUAGCAAACAUUUAUUUUAAUAAUGGGCGACUAUGAUUCCGAUGAGGAACAAUCGCAGAUAGAAAAGCUGCAACAUGCCAAAGUGCCAAGGGGUAUGUUUGUCAGUGGCUGGGAUGACGACGCCGACGAAUUAAUAGAGGAGGACAAGAACCCACAGGCCAGCAUUGAAGGCAUGAUAUUGUGGGCCGUUAAUGAAAAUCGAAUUGGUGAAGUACGCGAGAUACUCAAACUAGAUCCGGAUACAGUAAACGCAAGGGACAACGACGGCUAUACGCCGCUUCAUCGCGCUUGCUACAAUAAUUUCCUGAACAUAGCAAGAUUGCUACUGCAGCACAAAGCAGAUCCAAAUGCACGUACUGAGCUUGGUUGGACACCGCUACACUCAGCCUGUAAGUGGAACAACGCAGAAAGUGUGCAGUUGUUGUUGCAAUUUGGAGCAGAUGUAAACGCAGAGUCGGAGGGCCAACAGACGCCGCUUCACAUUACCGCUACUGUAUCCAACUGCCGCAAUACAGCAACUGUGCUGCUAAUGGAUCGCUAUAUAAAACCACGCAAGGAGAAUAACUCGGAGGAAACAGCGGCUGUCAUUGCGCGUCGAACAGGCAUGAGCUAUGUUAUUUUUGAAAUUGGUCACGAGGCCUACGACUGCGAGACAGGAUUGUUAGACUAAGAGAUUGUCUGUAUAUGCAUAAAUAAAUAAUACUUAUUGUUAGUUUAAUUUA